UUAUCUUUUGCAACUAUAUUUUAUAUUAUUUUACAUUAUUAUCAUCAUUCAUCUGACAUGAUAUCCACCGUAUCGAUUUUUAUAUACAAAUGACGACCACGACGUACUCAAUAUACCGACUACCGUCUACUGUCUAGUGUCUUGUGUUCACAACUGUCUACAAAUUUGCGGUUUACUACUUUACUCAAAUAAUCAAUAACUAAAUCACAACUUGAAUUUACACAAUUAUUUUUGUUUUUAAUUCGUAUUUUAAUUCGCAAACUGAUUGUUAUCGUUGUAGGGUCAAGUUAUCAAUAGGGUGAAAUGUGUAUGCCUGAUUUUCAGAAACCCGCCGACGACUCGCCAAUAUCUGACGAAGAAGGUGCGCCUGAGGAGGAACAAAGUGACGAAGACAUUUAUCACUUAAAUUCUGACAAUGAGUCCUCAUCAGAUUCAAGUUUAGCUGUUAUCUUACAAGACGAUGAUGAAGUAAGUGAUGAUGAUAUUGAAGGAGAAGAAGACGAGGAUGAUGAUGAUGAUGAUGAUGAUGAUGACGACGACGACGACGACGACGAUGAUGAUGACAACGAUGAAGAAGAGAAUGUUGAUGGCAGCGGCAAUGGGGAUGAUGACGAAGAGGAAGAAUUAGAAGAGGAAGAAGAUGAGGUGGUAGCAGCUUUUGUUUCAGCUAGUUCAGAUAAAAAUAGAAAUCAUCCACCUAAUUUAUCUGUUGGGAAUGUCCUAAUUGGUGGAUUUUCUUUUCAUCCGAAUACAAAUGUUAUUGCUCUUGGGCUAUCAAAUGGUGAUAUUGCUAUGUAUAAGUAUAGUAAUGAAAUGAAUGAGCAUUUGAGGACAAAUGAUAAUGUUCAUUUAAAAAAAGUUAUGGUAUUAGAUUUUAAUGAAACUGGUGAUUUAAUUUAUUCUGCUUGUAAGGACAAUAAUGUCUCAGUGUCUGAUGCCGAAACAGGAAAAAUGAAAGUAUACUUUGAAAAAGCUCAUACAGCUGGGAGUUUUGUAACAGCACUUUCUUUUAUUGAUGAAAAUUUGUUUGCUACUGGUGAUGAAGAUGGUGUAGUUAAUGUUUGGGAUAUACGAGCAAACGGGUGUAGAUUUUCAUUAAAGAAAACUGAGGAUAGUAUUAAUUCAAUGAUCACUAUUAAUAAUAGUAACAAUCAACCCACUUUAGCUUGUGCUUCUGGUGAUGGUACAUUGACCAUUAUUGACUUAUCAACAAAAAAAAUGGUUGUCCAGUCAGAACCAUAUAAAUCUGUACUAACUAGCUGUGUAACAAUGAAACGAAAAACAAAAGUAGUAUGUGGUACUGGUGAAGGAUCACUGAUUACAUUUAGUACAGGAGACUUCAGUAUGUUCAACGAUGAAUUCCCCUGUGUUGAUAAGGGUGCCGCAGUAAACAGAUUAGUUCCAGUUACAGAAAAUAUUAUAUUAAGUGCUUUAGAUAAUGGAAAAAUCAGGGCAACAAAUUUAUUUCCCAACUGUCAUUUGGGAAUUGUUGGUCAUCAUCAAGAUAUGUCUGUUGAUCUUAUGGAUAUAUCAGACAAUGGCCAUUUAAUAGCUUCGACAUCUUAUUUCAGUAGUAUUGUUAAAUUUUGGAACAUAGAAUUCUUUGAGGAUUUUGAUUUAAAAAACCACUUUAAGAAGAUUAAUACAAAAGAAUUUAAUUUGCCAUCAUCAAAUGUUGUUAAUGCUACAGACUUCUUUUCUGGUCUUCAAUAAAUAUUUGUAAAUGGUGCGUUGUACAUAAAACUA